UUUUGACAAAAAAUCCGAUUCCGCCGCUACACCUCUACCACUUGAAAAUUCUGCUACCAGUAGCGGAAUUCCGCUACUUCUGGCAACACUAAAUGUCAACAAAAAGUUAUAUCUGAUUCUAAUGCAAACGCUGAUGCGUCUUUUCCACUUUUUGUCAUUGAAAAACCUCAAUGCAUGCUUUCUUAUAACGAAUGAGAUCACUAGAUCAUGGGGUACCGAACACCGACGAUAUAAUAUAUCUAUAUAUCGUCGGUGGUACCGAAUAUUCUUUCAACCACUAGCAUUUAGUCGCCAUCCUGUGUUUUGUAAUGGCAACGUUGGCGACUCCGUGUAUAUAUUUUGUGGUGGCUACCUUGGUCCUUGGUUGCUUGGUUCGUAAACGUCAAAAAUUUCGUUAUGAUAAGCGGUUUUGUAUCUUCGCCUUUUUAUAUGUUGGAAAACGUAAAAUUUAAUAGGAAAUCUCUUUUGAGCACUCACUAAACCAAGUACAAAGGCCUUAUGAUGGACGAACCAUAUAGCAACAUAGUCAUCCCCAGUGCACCCAACUGGUUCGAGACAAAAAUUAUGGUUUAUUCACCAGAUGAUACACUAAUUUAUGGUACUAGAUGUGACUUAAUGGUAUUUAAGGAUAUCGCCAGUAAAUCAGCUUUACCAAGGUUCCAUAUCAUGAAACAUGCUCACUCAAAGAGAAUCACAAGCUUGGCCAUAAAUCUUAAAUGGAGUGAAAAACAGCUUCUUGUCACAGCAGGCGAGGAUAAAUUUGUUAAGCUCUGGGAUAUGGCACAUUAUGAUAUUAUGGGAAUGCACCAACAACAUUUGCAAAGCGAGAAGGUUAUAGCUGCUGAAUUUUGUGGCUCUGACAAAAUCCUGAGUGUGUCCAAUGAUGGUCAUGUUGUCUUAUGGAACUACAUCCGUAACGAAAUGUCACAUUUGUCAAAUAUUUUUGGCUCCGUAAAGGUUACAGUGACAGGCUGCUCAAUUUGCCCCCACAAUCCAAAUGUUGCUGCAUUUGGUUUGAAAACUGGCCUUAUUUUAAUUGUUGAUCUGAAAGGCAAAGGCAGCAUCAUUUCCAAAUUACGUGGACAUGAUAAAGAAGUUGUGGAUCUAGACUGGUGUCCGAUACCAUUUAACAUCUUCCCAAAUGAUCCAAAAAACAAAGUUGUCAUAAGCCCUCAGCAAUUUAUUGCUGCCCGAGGCAAGAGCCAUGAAAGUAUUGUAGAGGACGAAACAGUAUCAAACGUGUCAACCAGCAUUGAAAAAAUCCCAACACUAGAACAACAAAUUGGGGCUACUGUAAGCAAGAUCAGCACCAUGGCUGAUUUUCAAGAACUAGAGAUUACUGCCAGCACCGAGAGUGUAGUAACUAGCAGCGAGAGUCAGGAAAAUCAGCAACAUGUUGCUGAGACAAGUGCCACUACAUCUUCUGGUAGUGAUACCCAAAAGGUAGACCAGAAACAUGUAGCUGCAAAGAGUCCAGGGGAAUCAACUAGUGAUGAUAGUCAAAAUGACGAGAGAAGUGAAACUUCCCAGAGUGAUUCAUCACCAAGUUUGGUAGGCUCACCACCAGAUAUGACUGGAACAGAACAAUCGGGCAGGGGCAGAGGGAAAGGAAGAGGAAAAAGGUGGAGGAAGUGGCAGAAAGAUGAGGAUUCCAACAAACCCGAAACAUCUGCAGGACCGCAGUUGCGCCGAAGUAAAAGAGAGAACAACAAAAAACUGGACUGGCCGAAACUUGGAACAUCUACAAGUGAUACAGAGGAUAAAGCGUCUAAAUCUGGCCGAAGCACAAGGGCUAGUACAUCCACUAGAACACCACAGCCUUCUAAAGAGGACGCUGUAAAACAGGAUAAAGCGUCUAAAUCUGGCCCAAGCACAAAGGCUAGUACAUCCACUAGAACACCACAGCCUACUCAAGAGGACACUGUAAAACAGGCUCAGGCUAAACUUGAGAAAAGCCUUAACAUUGACCCCUGUGAUGAUGAGAACACGUUGGUACAACCUAAGGAUACAAAAGUGCCAUGCCCCGAGGAGAAACCUGUACAAACAAGCAUUCUCAAGAAAAGUGAACCACUUCCUUCCUCAGUAGGUUCAGACAAAUCUGCUACUGAUGCUGAAUCUAAGAUCAGCAGCGAGUCAUUGUCAACAAUUGUUGAAGAGCCCUCCUUCUUAGGACGAAGACCACUUAAUCCGUCAAAUUUGGCCAUGUUAGAUCUUAUAACCCUCCCACCUUCUGCCAGUAGGCCAUAUUGUGCCAAGUGCGGCAGCGAGAAGAGAUGCCAUUGUGAUUGCGUAAAGAUGGUAGCACCCGGCGUUGAGGAAGCGCGCUAUGAAUAUCUUCUAGUAUCUUCUGCUAAAGAACCAACGGUGAUAGUUUGGAGGGUUGGUACUGGAAGCAAUAUUCAAGCGAUGUUGCGAUUGCCUGCCAAAAAGUCUAAGAAAUCUGUUGAGAAACCAUUUAUAUCUGUCAAGUGGGUCACUCCAAACAAAAUUUACUGUUCAUCAAGAAAUUAUGAGUUGAUUCAGUGGACAGUACCAAAAAGUAUGAAUGGUGAUGGAGAAUUGAUGAAAAUAAUCGACAAUGAACACUCUUCCAUCAUAUUUUCCAUAGCUGCAUCACACACAGAUUUUAUCAAUAAAGAUUGGGUGAUUCCAACUGAGCACUUAGUCUGGACCACAUCACAAGAUAGAUUGGUGGUUGGUUACCAGCUAGACGGAGAUGAGGAAGAGAUAAAUCGUAUCUUCUCUUAUUCCACAUUUGCUGGUAUUCCUCUAUGUUUGGCAGAAACAAAGUUAAAUCCAUAUGGCGUGGCCAUAGGAACAGGUGGUGGUGUCCUUAAAUUAUGGGAUUUAAGUCAUUCUACAAGUAGAAUUGUUAGUAUGCAUAACUUAACACAAAAAAUCCAUAGUAAAGUCACCUGUGCCACAUGGCACCCAGAGAUCGAGACUAUUUUAGCAUUCGGUACCCAGGAGGGCAGGGUUGGGUUCUUUGACAUAUCGUCAAUAGCCGAGGUUCCAACAGUGAUGCCCCACUAUUUUACAAAAGAAAUUCAUAAGAUUCAAUAUGCACCUAUGGAAGACGGAUUGGGACUGUACAUAGUAGCCGAGGGAAAACUUGUGUACUGGAACUUGACUACUGACGAAAACGCGAUUACACCAGUUAGUACUCCAGAUUCGUUCUCGGUAUACACCUUCGCCUGGAAGUUGGAUUAUUCGUCCCUUCUAAUUGCUUUCAACCUCGGACUUAUCCUUGUCUAUUCAAGGGAAUUAAUCCAAGUGGAUUCAUUAGUGGCAGAGAAUAAGCUGACCUGCUUACUCUGGAAUCCAUUAUCUUAUACCAGCGACAUCACGCAAAGCUCAUUCUGCAUGACCUAUGCAGGUACACUGAACGGAAAAAAACUGCUAAUUUUGGAUCAUAGCAGACAAAGUGCGAAAUUUGACGAAAAGAUCGUGGGAACAUUUGACGUGGCCGACGAUAACAUCAACUGCUUGUCAUGGAACCGCUAUGGCACCAGAGUUGCCGUGGGUACAGACAAUGGAUUUGUUUAUAUAUGGGAUUAUCCGACGAGGGCUGUACUAUGGAAUUAUAUUAAUCCAACAUACCAAGGAAUCACUUGCGUAUUAUUCAGCCCUGUUGGAACUGAACAUAUAUUCUGCGGUACUAGAGAUCAUUCACUCAAUGUAUUUCGCAUUCAAGAGCAUCCGCCCUUUGAUGCAGCAGCACUGUCCAUAAAGAGAUCCGCGGUCUCUGAGGCCAAAGCAGAGCAAGCAGAGAGAUUGAUAGAGGAUACUUUGAGGAGAGUUGGUGCAUCACCAGACGAGUCCCAAAGGAGCGUUCCACAUAAAAAAAAUGAAUUGAUGCCUUGCUUCCAUAGAUCGAAACUCUCUACGGAAGAAUGUGUAUCUGAACUCAGACGCCUGUUCAACUAUGUACAAUCGAACUGCGAUGACGCAGAUGAAGGAGCGGCAGCAGCGGCACCACCGGCCGGUGAAGCCGACAUUUUAGAUAUUUUUGGCGGCCAACAGGCAAUUGAAAGCCUAGUCGCUCGAAAUGAGGAAAUUCAAAGACAACGUAGGCGGGGCCUGGAUGUUCCUUUAGCACUUUUCCGUUCCGAUACGGUAGAUUUCCUAAGGGAAGCUGUUAACCAGAGACAAGUUACACCUGCCGUGGUCGCUUUAUCACCAUUGGUAUCCACCAGUUUAUGGAUGCAGGCCAUAGAGGUCUAUGCAGAUAUUCUCAGGGAGGAUCCGAACUCUGAUCCUUAUGAGUGCAUAACUUACUAUUUGGCAAUCCACCAAACACGCGCGGCAAUUGAUGUUUUGUUGGCUAGAAACUUACAUAGAGAAGCACUGGCACUUGCGAGAUGUCGUUGUCCAAACACCGAUAUCGUGGGCACUGUUGUCGUACGCUGGGCGCAUUACGCCUUAGGAAAUGGAGAUUUUGAAAGGGCCGCCCAAUGCUUCAUAUAUGUGCGUCAGUUCCGUGAAGCUGCACUUGCUUUGUUCAGGCGAACCGAGCACGAAAUCAUGCUGUUUUGUAUUGAGCUGGCGUCGGUAUCUGGUGAUAGUCAACUUUUAGAUACCGCAAUAGCGCGAUACCAAAAGUAUAUAGACCUCGGCGAGUAUACAAAGUCCCAGUUAGAGACAGGGUCAAUUGCAGACGUCCUGACGGACGCGAGGAAAAUGAAUCCAGAAUUGUUCGGACCCGGACCAUCGGUUGGAGCUGGACCUUCAACUUCGACUACGGCAGCUAGUGAACCACCGGCAACAGCAACAGACGACCAGGAUGUUAUUGGUGCGCUACCACCGUUCUUUGUGGCACCUGAACCUUUGUCAUUGGAUGAUGAAUUUGGUGCUUCGGCAUCUGUGACAUCGUUUGUGAGUACUGGCAGUGAAACGUUCAUGACUCGUGGUGCACCUGACACCAGCGGUCAUGUUGUACCCAUCGUAGAACAAGUCGCCAUUGAAGGUGAGACCAUACUGCAUGCGAUACAUUCACGUGUUACGCAAGAAACGCGAGAAACCUUGCGCUCAUCAGCGUCAUCUCAGGAUGGUUUUGAAACUACCAGUAGCUCGACGUCUAUUCCAGAUGAGAAGAAGCCGGACUACGACUCAGAGACGGGACAAUCUGCCCCAAAUAAAAAAUGAGAAUGAGACCAACAUCUCGCUAGCUUAGAGUUAUAAGGUUCUAAGUUACAAUAUAAGCUUUUCGAGAAAAACGAGUUUAAAGUGCAAGCUCUUUUAUAGUAAGUUCAUGAAUAAUUAAAAAUCAAAAUACCUGCUGGAUAGAAAGUAGAUAUCAAGAAAGCUGUACAUUCCUGCUAUUAGCUUAAUAAAUAUUUUUGGAAGAAGAUUGUCGCAAAAAACAACACAUAGAACUUUUAUUUAUUUUAAAGAAACAUAGAACUUUGCAUACAUUUUAAGCAACAUGAAACUUUGUAAUCUAGAAAUGUAUCAAUUUAACAAGAAACAUAGCACUUUGAUUAAACUAAAACUUUUACAUUUUUAAAAAAUGUAACAUCAAAAAUAAAACCAAGUCAUAUAUAAUAAUAUAGGUUUUGUAUUUUUUUUUUUGUUUUUGGUUUAAGUUGAGGAAUAUUAGCUUGAUAAAAUUGAAGAUCACUUGAAUAAGUUGUUGCGUUGCUUUUGAAAAAUAUAACUGAUUAACUUUUGAAAAAGGUACUUUCUCAUAUUGAAUUGUAUAAGACAAACUCUGGUAGGAUUUGAAAACACUCAGUCUCAUUUGAAUAACUUUGUAUGGCUUGUGGCUGCUAACUUUAAGAAGAACACUAAUAAGCGAGAGUGGGCUGGAGUAUUCCACUUUGCUAAGUACUCUUUCUAUUGCAAUGUGAACAGAAUCAACUGAACACAAGAGUGACCUAGAAUAGAGAAAUUCAUAGUUAUGCUAUGCAAGUUAUCCAUUUGCCAAAUAAACUUUGUGAUAGCAAACGAAAUUAUUAAUUCCUGUUUUGAGGAAUGUGUUUUGUUCGCAUCAUCCCUGAUUACAUUUGACAAAAUUUACUUGUUAUAUCUGUACCUUUUCUUCCAUCUAAACCACCAAAAGGAUCUUCAUCUCAGAUGAUUUUUACUGUAAUUAAAUGGUUUAUUUAGACUCAAAACAUCCACCAUCGCCACAUUCUUACAACAUAAACAAAAGAAGCAAAUUUUUAUGUAGAGUAAGACCUUCACAAAAAUAAGCAUUGAAUGAUGCAACAAAGUUCUAUGUUGCACAUACAACUUUGGAGUCAUAUUAAAGAAUAAAAUAUUAAAAUCAUCGAGUUCUAUUCAGAACAUGGUACUAUAUAACUUAUAAGAUAUAAUAUUGCUGCAUAGUUUUAUCAAAUGAUGUUCUAUAUUUUCGUAGUAGACAAACAUAAACUCUGUAACCCGGAACAAUAUAAAGCAUGGUUGUCAUAGAACUUUGAGAGCAUGUAUUUACAAAAGUACCAAAUUGUCACAGAACCUUAUAACUCUAAGCCAGGAUCUAUUGAUCUCAUUAGUUAUGUAGUAUGUAGAAUUUAUGUUUGAGUUGUUGAUUUUAAGGAUACCUACGUGUUCUUUAAGAAUCGUAUCACGUUAUUUAGUUCAAGUUGGAUUUGUUCCAUCGUUCUAAAUACGUUUAGAACGAUGGAACACAAAAUUUGACGAUUGUUUGAAAGCUUUGCCUCGAAUCUCAGGAUUUUAGAUUUGUUUGCAUAUAUAUGUGCAGGAAUAUGUUUUAGAAUUUAUAAGUUUAAGUUGUUGAUUUUAAGGAUACCUACGUGUUCUUUAAGAAUCGUAUCACGUUAUUUAGUUCAAGUUGGAUUUGUUCCAUCGUUCUAAAUACGUUUAGAACGAUGGAACACAAAAUUUGACGAUUGUUUUUUUUUUCUGCCUCGAAUCUCAGGAUUUUAGAUUUGUUUGCAUAUAUAUGUGCAGGAAUAUGUUUUAGUUUGAAUUCCUACUCAGGAAUUUAUUUUAGUUUAAAUUAUAAUUGAAGGGGUUAGAAUAAAAAGGAACAUAAACGCUGUUUUGAGAUAAUCGAGCUUAUAGUUGUUUGAGUUUAAAAAAAUCCAGGAAAUUUUUCACUCGCAUCUUUGAUUACUUUUAUUAGGAGGAAAAUAUGAAAUUUUAGUUGAAACUUGAGUUUUGGAAAAUAAUUUUGUUUUUUUUGCAAAAAGAACCAUUUAUAUCCUUUUUUCCCAAACAUUAGUUCAAUUUGAUUAAAAUGAAAAACCAAACAUUUAAAAAAAACAUUUUUAUUCAGAGUAAAUAUUGUUACAAACAUUAAACACUAUUGUCCGAAUCAGAGUCAAGUAAAGCCAUAUCCAUCUCACUUUCAGAAGCAUCAGCUGUAACCUGCUUUGAUGUAGAUGCAGCACCUCUGAUAUUAGUUUGCUUAAGUUUAUUAAUGUUUCUGUCUUUUUGUUGCCAUGUUUUAAUUCCUCAUAAAAGAAGCAAAGAGGCUUCCUUCGUCGCUUUCCAUUUUUUAUUUAGGGAAAAACAGCUCACAAGUCGAUGAAAUAAUCAAUAAACUAUCAUAGUUUCGGUUGCAAUAGGAAGAGUACAAGUGCAUUUGCAUACUUUCUUUUCCAAAGAAAACUGCCUUUUCAUUCAUCUACUUUUUCUACUAGGCAAUAGAUGGUUCCAAAUGUAUUAAAAAUCACUUAUGUACUUUUUAUUCUAAUAAAUAUUCACCUUAUCUUUUCCGAGCCGGACUUAUCUCGAAAUGUAUAAAAAAUAACCCUUUUUAUUCCAACCCCUUGAAUUAUUACUUGACUGAUUGAAGACUCAAGUGCCAGUUCAUAUGGCUGUGACACAUUGAAGAACUUCCAUGUUUUUUAAGUGUUACAUAUCGUCAUCGUAAACUCGAAACCUUGUAACUCAAAAAUAGUAGUAUUACAGGAUUGAGAAAACACUUUUCGAAACUGAAGUCUUUUGCGAAAAAAAAGUCUUUGUUCCUUGAGAAAAUAGUCUGUUCAGGAUCUAGAAAUUAAGGUAAAAACGAAUAAUAAUUGUUACUUUUGAAGAAAAUAUAUGCACCCUUUGUUUCUUAUUCGAUAAUUGGAACAUACUUUGAAGGUAGUGUCUCUUAAAAUAUACUGAGAUACGUGGUUUUCCCAUUUCAACAGCAAUUAUAUUGAGAUACGAGUAUAUAAUACUUGCUCACAGCACACGCGUUUAUCGUUCAAUUCUGAUACAAGGUUUUGCAUUCAGUGUAGACAACUAUUUGGAAAAAUACUGAGCUCGUACCUCAAAAGCGCUAAAAAUUGAGAUACAAGGUUUUGACUUUACGACAGUAAUAUGUACCUUUCGUUUGUAUUAAUACCAAGUUUUAAUAAAUGCGUAUUUUUA